GUCGAAAUCAGUCCGCUCAAAAAAUAUAAACAACAAAAAAAAAAUGACGGCAAAUAUUAUUUCAGAAAAACUUACUUUAUUUAAGAAUAUAAACAUUAGAAGUAGUCUAAAUGAGUCGUUUAAAGAUCAAGAAGCAGAUAAACUUGCUGGCUUUUUACAAAGUGGAAAGUUCUCCUGGAUAGCAUUUGACGCUAUUCUUCGAAUAGUCUCUACAGAUACAGGCGUAGAAAUCGCUUAUUGUAAUUUCGCAAAGCAUCACGGGAUCGAAGGAUGUAUAAUUAAUUAUGUAGAAGAAAUAAACUACUUGCCCGGAAUUUGUAUAUUAGCAGUCAGCAUUGAAUUCAUAAAUAAUGCAGCCAGAGCUGGAAUGGUCUGUCUAUUUUGCGUACAAGGAUGCAAACUUUUAGGCUCGAUGGAUAUGUGCGAAAGAAUUACUUGCUGUAAAUAUAUAGAACGUGAUGCAUGCAGACGAAGUGUCUUGAGACAAUUUCAUGGAACAUUAGCUAUCGGAACAGAUCAAGGAAAAUUAUUCCUUGUUGACUUAAUGAUACCCAAAGAUAUUAAAGAAAUAAUAUUAUCGCCAAGUUAUGAUUGUGAAAUAUUCCCAAUGACAAAUGUGUCAGCGGAACUUGAUCAAAUGCAAAUAAAUCACCAUCAUAAUAAAAUUGUCAGUAAUAGAGAAACUGGAGAAAGAUGCUUCUUUUCUAUACAAUUAAAGCAAGUACUGGAAGAAACUGGAGCAAUAAUUACGAUGCUCUGCAUGCCUAAUUUGAAUAUGCUUGCUGUUGGAUUAGAUGAUGGACGAAUGAUUUUAUACGAUCUAAUUGAUUUGCAAGCCUUCCAUUUAGCUCAUCCUCCAGCAAAUCGAUCACCCCUAACACAUAUGAGCUAUAUUGAGCCAGCUGAUGAUCCCAGAAGUGCUGUCUAUGUCUGGACAUUUCAUUCAUCAAAAGAUGGUGGAAUUGCUGUAAUGCAUUCAAUAAUGUUUGAGAAUAGAGUUAAUGGAUUCUAUGAAAACUUUAGAUCGUGUAGUGUGAGACUUACUAUGCCUGUAUUUUAUAAAGACACGUUCCCUAUUUGUUGUCGAUCAAUUUCAAAAACUUUAUCGCAAGAUGAAGAGGAUGUGCUUACAAUAAGUCUAUUAGCAUGGACAUCACCAACAAAAAAUCUUACUCAUAUUAUGGUUUUUGACUUGAAUCAAUGGUAUAAAGAGGAAAUGCCAAAUGUUGGUGACUGGAGAAAUCCAUUAAAAUAUGCUGUAGUCUUUGAAUUGCCCAAUAUGUCAUUAGAUGUGAUUCUAAACGAAAAAUCUUUAUUACCAUUUAAUUCUAUAAUGCGACCAGAAGAGCAUUUUUAUCCAAAUUCAUUGAAUUUUGAUAUUAUCGUACUGGAAACUAACAAAUUUGCUCAUUAUCGAUGGAACGGAAUUCAGAAUUUAGUCCUGCAGCAAUUUAACAAUAUUGGUCCACAAAUUAUUUUGGAACCGAGCUACUAUUUUAAUGAAUUAAUUCAAGUUGCAAUUACUCCACAAUUUUAUGACGUUAACUUCGGAAUCGCAACUCCUUUGGACUUGAAACGAGAAUUUCUUUUAUCAGUAGCACUAGAAUACAACUUUACUGGAUUCUUGAAGAAAUGUGCUUGGGCAUGGGCAGAUGGCAGUUAUUUAGGAAAAGACGAAAAUGUUGGCAUUGGAUUAUCAACAUUAACAGAAUGGAUUUGGAAUCGAGUACGAGCUAUUAAGGAAGUUUGUAAUCAAUUGUGUCAGCCACUCUUUGAUUUUAGUGAACAAAGAAUUGAUUGUGGAACACAGAAGCAACUUUCUUUGUGUUGCAAGCAAUUGAAAAUUUUAUCUGAAUUACUUCAAAUGAUUGCAAAAGAUUAUCAAAAAUAUAUUCCGGCAGACAUUCUCAUACAAAUUAAUACACAAGCAAAUACAGUGAAAAUGGCAUCAGAUUAUCAAGAAGUACUUCAAUGGCUUCUUAAUGUUGGAUUAUUGCCCGAAGGACAUCAUAAUAAGAAAAAAGAAAUUGAUGACGAAAAUGACUUUGUUAUUGUUCCUUAUCCUUAUCGAUCCAUUAAUUCUCACUACGCUAAUCAGAGAUCAAAAUUAAAUGACGCAGAAAAUCAGGAACAUAAGCCUGCAAAAUAUUUGUUUAUUGACGCAUUUAUUGAGAACGAAUGUAGUGGAUAUGAUUUGCUUGAUUGGAGUUCCUUUUAUCCACCUAAAUCUAUUCAAUCACUUCUUCGUUCAUUGCUCGUUCCUGACAUACCAAUUGAGAAUAAAUAUGUCAUUUUUAUAUAUCUCUUUAUGGACAUAACUAAUGUCUUGAAUGAGACAUCUUAUUCCAAUAUUGUAAGGAAUUUAAUUAAAUUUCCAGCAGUUUUUAAGAUGAAUCCAUCGGUCAUCAAGAGGACACAAGCAUUUUGGAAUCUCGAUAAUGGACAAUUGGAAACUGCUGUUGAAGAAUUAAUUUCUCCAUUAUCGCAUGAUCGAUACCUUCCCAAAUGGCAACGAGAAUUAUUAAUUGGAGCACUAUUGAAACAAAAUGCAAAUAGUUUAGCAUUAAGAGCAUUACGGUGUCCUGGAAAUCCAAUUUCAUCGGAAUUAGAAGUGUCGACAUUAUUGAGUAAUAAUUUAAUUAGUGAAGCAUUAAAGAUUCAACGUGCAAGUGGCGAUAGAAGUUUACUAGAAAAGCUGUUUCAUAAAAUUCUUCAUUCAUCAAACUAUGAGCAGCUAUUGGAUCUAGCAUUGACUGAAGAUGAAGGAAAAGUGCUCAGAGAUUAUCUUCAAAAUACAGACUUGUCAAAUUGUGUAAAUUUACAUUUUGUCUAUCUUUUACAACGCUCUAAAUUUAUUGAUGCUGCAACAUUAAUGGACUCGUUUGAUAUCAGCACAACCAUUAAUUUGGAACCGCCAAAACAAGUUCUUAAUGCUUAUUAUUCAACAAUGGAACCAACAACUAGGAAAUUAACAUCAAUGGUUUAUUCUGAUAAUCAAGUUCAAGUUAAGGAUAUUCCAUCACCAUUAAGUGUCAAUUUAAUCAAGUCACGAUGUAAUGCAACAAACGAUAUUUACAAAAAAUGCGUACAGUCCAUAACGGAAGCAACUUAUGAUACAAUUCAAGAGCUCAAAGAAAUGCCAUUUAUUGGAAGUCCAAAAUUAGGAAUAUUUGAAUAUAAACAGCCAAUAGUUGAAAUGCAAGAAGCUUCAUAUCCAAUGGAAUUUAAUGACAAUGGAAAAAGGCUCAAGGAUAAUACUAGUGGAAUAUUCAUAUUAGAAGAUUUUGAAGGACCUAGAAAGAAACGUCGACGACUUGAGGAUGUAAUUGAUGCAAAGAAGCCUAAAAGUUUUGUUGAUAAGAGAAUCAGUCUGCUGCCACACUUUAGAAAUCGACGACCAAAAUUAAAUUUUACAUCCAGAACACCAAGCACAUCAUCUAGAGUAACGCCUGAUCGUGUCGCACUUUUUGGUGACUUAUUAAAAACUCCAAUAAUUGAAAAAAGAACACCACAGAAAAGUUUUCCUGAACGAGCUACUACACCUGCUUCUAUCCUUAAAACACGUUCAUGUCGAAGUUCUCCAAGUCGAUUUAGUGAAUUUGAUGACAAUAAAUCGGUUAAAUCAAUUACUUUUGCAGAAAAUUUACAAGAUUCGUCAUAUUUGGAUGAGUCAUUCGGCGAACAGCAGCUUGAAUCGUCUGCAGAAUUUUUCUCACCAGAAAAAUCGCCAAAAAUUAAUCCAAUUUUUUCAACAUCCAAUAUUUCACCCACAAAAUCAUCUGAUGUUAUUGCUAUUUCCUCAACAUCAACAAUUUCUAGUGGCCCGAAAGCACGUCCACCAAUUAAGUCUAGAUCUACAACACCCAGUGAUCAGCCAUCACAAGAAAAUAAUUUUGAAAUUACAAUACAACCAAUAUAUGAAGAGAAAAUGGAAAUGGAUAAUAUUCCAGAAAGUGAUGAAGAUGACAUGAUUAAGGAUGCUGGAAUUACAGCACAAUCAACUACAUUUGAACAGCAAUUAGAUGAGUCGACAGAAAUAGAUCCUUUCCAGAGAGAUAGUGUCUUAAAAUCAUCAUAUGAUAUAGACAGCAGUGAAAGUGAGGAAGAUAAGACACAAGAAGAUUCAAUUUAUAAGUUUGUUAGAAAAUCUGUGUUGCCUGAUAAUCCAAGUUAUAGUGAUUCAAGUGCAGAUAGUUCUAUAUUGGAACCGCCGAGAAAAAGCAUUUUAAAGUCAAGUGAUGAUGACGAGGAUAUAGCAGAAGAUGAACAUUUCGAGGAAGUGGAACUGCCAGAACAUAGCGAUUAUGAUGAUGACUCUGAACAAGAUAGUGAUGAUUACGGAAAUAUUGAUUUAGACGAUUCUGAUGAGUCAGAUGAAAGUUCAAUAAUGCCAAACGCAAAUGAAAUUAUUGAAAUUCCUGAUUCUGAUGACGAUGAUGUCCAAAUCGAAAGCAAUUCACCGAAAAUUCCAUCAUUUAAUGCUAGAAAUCCAAAAAACGUUGAAAAUAUUAUUGAAUCCUCGAAUGAAGAACGAAGAGAGAUUUUGGAACUAGCUACAGCUGAUAAUAAUGAACAAUCACAACCAAUGGCAAGCCAGGAACAAAUGAUUGACAUCCUGUAUGAUGACAUUGAGCAACAAAACGCUGUUAAUGAAAUUAAAUCUCCUUCAUUUGAACAAAUUUCACCUCAGAAAUCGUCCGAGAAUAUUGAAAGUGGAAGUUACGAGAUUGAAGUUACUGCUGAUGUUCAAGAGAAAGCAAUUAAUCCACAAAAUGAAGAAAAUGAACCUUUUGAGGACAUUCAAUUGAUUGAAAUAGCUCCAAAUGCAGUCAUUCAAUCAGAAAGUGAUGAACUUUUAGUUCAGGAAGUUCAAUUUACACAGCCAGAAAAUGUUUUAAUUCCAAAAAUUGAACAAAAAGUUUCAAAAGAAUCGAUUGCUGAUAAAAAUGAGAAACCUGAACAGCAACAAGUCAUGACAGAAGAAAAACCUUUAGAAAGAAUAAUCCCGAUUGAAUUAGAAACCAAUAAUCAAGAGAAAAUUGAGAUUAUGUUAUCAACAGAGAGUAAACAAGAUGUUUCUGAAAUGUCUGAAGAUUAUUCGUUUGCCAGCGCACAAAAUGAAUUAAAUGAUGCAGCAAUAAUCACAACUGUUGAUGAUACUUUAGUAGAUGACGAAGAGCAUCAACUUAUAAUUGUCGAAGAACAGGAAAUGGAAAUUGUCGACGAAACUAUGGAAAUAAUGGACGAAGGUCAGUCUAAUAUCGAAGAGAAUAAUCAUAAUUUAGCGAUUGUGGAACAACAAGACAUGGAAACAAUUGAAAAUCCACAAAAAUUCGAAGAACAGACACUGGAAGUAUCAAAUAAAGAUCUGGAAGGAACUAAUGACAACCUGGAAGUGACUGAAAGUAGCAAUGUGCUUGAUAAAGCUAUUGUAAUGGAAAAUGAUCCGGAAAUGACACAAGAUGAAACUUUACAAAUUACUGAACAUGAAGUAACAAAUCCAUUGGAAGUUGCUUUAUUUGAAAGUGACAUUUCCGAGAAAAUGGUAACAGCUGAAGAGAAUCUUGAGCAAACCGAAAAUAAUGUCACUGAAAACAUUUUGGAUGUUGCUAAAAUUAAUGAGACCCAAAAUGAUGAUAAUAAAGUAAAGGAAGCUCAAGUUGAGAAGCAAGCAAGUGACAAUAAAAGUCAACAAGAUGAUAAUGAUAGAGAAAUUGAGGAAAUAAUGACUGCAAACAAAAGCCCAGAACAGUCACAGAGUGUUCCAGUGGAUUUAUCAACACCAAAAAGACGUUCUACUCGUUUAAAGUCUACAGAAACUACAGAAGAGAAUACUAGAAUUAAACGUGCAGUUUCAGUUCCAAGUAGUGGCACUUCCUCUCCGAUAUCACGAUCGUCUCGUGCAUCAUCUGAAAAUCGACAUAAUCCAAAAGUAUUAUUAAAAGAAAAGAUGUUGGAAAGAAUUGAAGAAAGUCCAAGCAGUGGAAUGCUUACAAGGACGAAAUCAAGAUUAUUAAAUGAACAAAUUAGUCGUGAGACAACACCACAAUCAAGAGCUCCAUCAGAAGAAGUAGAAUCAGGUAAAAAAACACCACGAAGACGCUCUACAGCCACUCCAACAACGCCUCGUAGAAUAUUCACUCGUGGUGCAUCUAGAGAUAGUUUUGGUGGUGAUAAUGUUGUAUCAUCGUCUCAAGUUGAAGAAAAGACACCAGAGGAAGUGCCAAAAAAAGGUAGGGGCAGAAAAAAAGCAUCUGGAGCUUCAGAUGAUGAACAUGACGAUAAUAAAUCUACAAAAAGUGAAGCUAUGUCAACAAGAUCAACAUCGUCAAAAAAGAAGGAGACUCCAAUAUCAUCCAGUAAAAUCUCACCAAUUCCUUCAGCUAGUCCAAUUGAUGAACUUAAUACAAGUAAUCGACGUUUGACACGAUCACAAUUGGGGGUUCUUGAAAAAUCACGUCUAUUGGCUGAGAAAAUGUCUAAUGAACCAAUUCAAUCGCCUGCAAGGCUUCGUCCUACAAAAUCAGAUUUAAAUUCAACACGGGAAGAUGAUUCCGAUAAUGACAGCGUAAAAAGUGACAGCACGACAUCCAGAACAAGCCGAAAACGUAAAUUACCAAAACGUGCAACUAAUCAAGAUUCUGAAACGUCCAGUAUUGCAUCAAAACAGUCGAGGAAAUCCAAAAGUCCAUUAAAGAAGCAUUUAUUGUCGGUGAUUCAUGAGGAAGGGGAUUCAGAAUUAGCAGAAAAGUCAGUAACAGAGAAGAAGCGACGAGGAAAGAAGUAAAAAAGAAAUUGAUUAUUUAAUUUUGAAGUUAUUAUUAUUAGUUUUAUGCAAAAUACAAGUUUAAUUAAGUUUUUCUUUUGUAAAAUAAAAUAAAAUGGCAUCAAUUUAUUGUUAUGAAAUGCGAGUUUUAAAACGAGUUCAUUAUUUAUUGACUACAUAGAAUCACUCUUAGAAUAAUUGGUAAAUUUAAUUAAUACUUGUUCGUUUUUAGUUGUCAUGAUGAAAAAAAUAAUAAUAAUAAUAAUGACAAAAUUAAAAGGAUAUUCCGCCAACAAUUACUUUGUGUCCUGCACCUGUUUGAUCUGGUAAGGAAGAGGAAAUGAAUUUAGAUUUUUGUUUUGAUGCUUUAUAGCCAAGGCAGAGCAUUUUUGUUGUAUGUGCCCAUAAAAGUUCACCACGUUUCGUAUCAGAAUUAUAGUCAACAACAAGGCAUCCUGCAUAUUUUUCCUGAUUUCUUGGUAACAUUGGAGAUUUGAGAAACUUUUCGUUAAAUACUUGGUACAGUUUAGUUGUUGGACAUUCGUUGUUGAUUAAAUUCACACAAAUUUCUCUAGCUAAAAGCGUUUUCAUGAUAUAUUCUCCAUUUCCUGUUGUAACACAGCCUAAUGAUUGAUUAUUAAUCUUCUGACUCCAGCAGCCUGCACCUGAAAAUGAAUACAGCAUAAAUAUCAAAUCAUACGAUAAAAUUAUUAAUUAAGCAUAUUACCAAAUGAAGCAGUUUGACCAACUCGACCAGGCAAUUUUAAUAGAAUGCCCCCAGAUGAACAUCCACAAGCAACAUUUCCAUAGUCGUCGACGGCUAUAGCUCCAACAGUAUCUAAUCGAGAGAUUUGUAUAGCAUUUGAUUGCUCAUACUCUGUAAUUUUCCGUCGGUAAUAAUUGUAGGUAUUUUGAGCUUUUCUUGAGAUCAGUUCACUCUCAUUGAUAAUUUCAAGGCCGAAUUCUUUGGCGAGAACAGAAGCUCCAUUACUGGAUACAAUCAUAGGAGGCAGCCUUCCGAAUUGAAAAAGAGACGAUUGUUUAUCACAGAUCUUUCUGGCUAAAGAAAUUGGAUUUUUGACAUCAUUUAGGCAUGUACAGGCUCCAAAGUUUGAGGUAAUGCUGUCCAUUAUUCCAGCUUCACAUUCUAUACGUCCAUCCCACGUGAGAUUCGAUCCAUAACCAGCAUUUGUGUUGGGAUUAUCUUCCAUAAUCUUUAUUGCUAGUUCCACUGCGUCAAGUACUGUCCCAUUCCCGGAAUCAAGUAAGUCGCAUGCCUUUUUUGAAGAUCUCUUGCAUAGGAUCUUAUAAUUAUCUUCAUUCACAAAGUUCCCAGCUCCUGUAUGUACAGCAACUAGUCCCAUUCUAUUUAACAGUCAAUUUUCGUCUUAUUCACUACAUUAAUUUAAGUUUUAGAAUUGUGAAAAUUUCUGUUGUUAAAUUAUUGCUUAUUGUU